AUGAAUCCGCCGGGAUCGCUGGGGGUGCUGGAGGAGAAGGAGGAGGAACACUUAUCGACCCCGAUUCUCGGGCCCUCGAUACACUCUGAUAACCCUCAGGAGCGGAUCCAGGCCCGGCGCCUCCGCAUCGCGGCGCGCCUGGAAGCUCGGAGGCGGGAAGCGCUUGGAGAAUAUUUAGAUGGGAAAAAGGAGAGUGAGGAAGAUCAAAGCAAGAGCUACAAGCAGAAAGAAGAGAGCAGGCUGAAAUUGGCUAAACUGCUGCUCUGUGGCGCUGAGUUUGUGACAAAUAUCCAGGUAGCUACAGAUAUCAGAGAGAUCCACAGGCGAGUUGAAGAAGAGGAGAUAAAGCGUCAGAGACUCGAAAAGCUGGAGAAUGAAGUCAAGACCAGCCAGGACAAAUUUGAUGAGAUCACCGCCAAGUGGGAGGAGGGCAAACAGAAGAGAAUUCCCCAGGACCUGUGGGACAUGCUCAACACCCAGCAGGUGCACUGUGCUGGGCUGAUAGAGGAUAAGAACAAGCUCAUCAGCGAGUUACAGCAGGAGCUAAAAACAAAGGAUGACCAGUAUGUGAAAGAUCUGAAGAAACAGUCGGAUGACACCUGCCUGCUCCUGGAGAGGAUGGAGGAGCAAGUGAAGAAUGUGAUGAAGAGCUUUCGUCAGGAGCUCCAUAACAUCGAGAAAGCAUUUGAGGUGGAACGACAGGAGCUACUGACCAGUAAUAAGAAGAAAUGGGAGCGGGCGCUACAGGCUCACAACUCCAAAGAGCUGGAGUAUCUCAUGAACCGCAUCAGGAAAGUAGAGGACUAUGAGAAGCAGCUGAACAAGCAGAGGAUCUUGGACUGCGAGGAGUACAACAUGAUCAAGAUCAAGCUGGAGCAGGACGUGCAGAUUCUUGAGCAGCAGCUUCAGCAAAUGAAAGCAACUUAUCAGCUAAACCAAGAGAAGUUAGAGUACAACUUCCAGGUGCUGAAGAAGAGAGAUGAAGAAAGCACGGUGAUCAAAUCCCAGCAGAAGAGGAAGAUCAACCGCCUGCAUGAUAUACUUAACAAUCUGAGAUCAAAAUAUACCAAGCAGAUAAAGCAGUUUCAGGAGGAGAACCAGUCACUAACCUCAGACUACAAACGCCUUGUGGUGCAAUUCAAGGAGCUACAGAAAGCCAUGAGGCAUUUUGCUCUCAUUGAUGAGGAGAAGUUCCGGGAGAUUUGGCUGAUGAAUGAAGAGGAGGCAAAGGAUCUGAUAAGCAGAGCCUUUGAUGUAGACAGGAUCAUCCAUACCCAUCAUCUGGGGCUCCCCUGGACGGCACCUGAUUUCUGGUUCCUGAAGAAUGUGGGCCCUAUUUCUCAGCAGCAGCAGAAGUCGGCCACACAAAUAUUAGAAGAACUGCUGAUGCAAACAGAAGAGGAGGAGACAGAAGCAGCUGCCUCAGAACCAGAGUCUUACCUGGACCUACCAAAGCAAGUUUCGGCAAAAACUACCAGAAAGAUACUGAUGCUCCUCUGUGACGAGUCGGGUUUCCUCAUAGAGAGCAAGCUGCUGAGCCUUCUCCUUCCCCUGGAGAAGAGUGAAUGCUAUCUCCUGAGGCUGGACGCCAUCUUCUCAGCCCUCGGAAUUGAAAGUGAAGAUGACUUGUAUAAACUGGUGAACUUCUUCCUCAAAUACCAAGCUCAUCAUUCACCCUCCAGCCAGGAGCCAACAAGCCUGAUCUCAGCAUUGGAGCCAGCAGAGCAGAUAGACCGCGAGGGAGAGGAGGAGGAAAGCCUUGUGGAAGGGGAGACGGAAGAGAAGGAGACCCCCCCUUCUCCCAGGCUUAUCCACCCCAAUGACGUCCUCAAGAUUCUGGAGGCCUUUGUCAUGGGUCUGAAGAAGCCCAGGGACUUUCAGGCACCAGUGAAGUUGCUGAAGGACGUGCGCAAUAACUCAAAGGACUCUGAGUACUGGAAGGCCCUGACCACGGUUAUCCCUGACUCCACGCAGAACCUCUGGGAUGCGCUCUACAUGGCCUUGGAGAAAUACCACCUCGUCCUGACCCAGAGGGCCAAGUUGCUGAUGGAAAACAAUUCUCUGGAGCAGCAGAACACGGAGCUCCAGAUGCUGCUGCAACAGUAUCUAGGUUCCAAGAUAAACUCUGAGCUGCAAGUUCCUCCGACUCAGGUGUUCCAGGUACCUACAAAAUAGAGCCAGACCUCGACGGCUGCUGUGCUGGGGCGGACACUGGUGUUGGUGCUGGUGCUGGAGGCGGCACACGUCACCAGGGAGCUGCCUGGGCCUGCUCUGGAUGUUCCAGAGCUGCUGUUGUAGGGCCUGUCCAAAUAAGGCAACGAGAGGAGUUACCUGUAUCCUACAGUCAUGAUUAAAGUCUUUAAAAAGUU